CGUUUAACAUCGAGCAACUGCGUCAAUAACAGUUUUGACGAAUAUCUUUGUUUUUCCUCUACUCUUCAGCAUGGCAAAUGGCCUGUGCUGAGUGACCCAUGCCUCUCUGUUGUCCUCCUUCUCGUCCCAUGCAGCCUGUGCUGAGUGACCGAUGGCUCUCUUCCUGGACGGGACAUCAGUAGGCAGUGCCAUGGACACGUCAAACUUUGCACACGUCAUCUUCCAGAACGUGGGGAAGAGCUACCUGCCCCACGCCGCUCUAGAGUGUCACUACACUCUCACCCAGUUCAUCAAACCACACCAGAAGGACUGGGUUGGCAUAUUCAAGGUUGGAUGGAGCACAGCGAGGGACUAUUACACAUUCUUGUGGUGUCCUGUUCCUGAGGACCACACUGAGGGCACUGCCAUCCACAGAGCCGUGGUGUUUCAAGGAUACUACGUGCCCAACGACGAUGGGGAGUUCUACCAGUUCUGCUAUGUGACCCACAAGGGGGAGAUCCGAGGGGCCAGCACGCCCUUCCUGUUCCGGGCUCAGAGCCCCUCAGAGGACGAGCUGCUGACCGUGGAGGAUGAGUGCAACUCGGACAUCCUGGUGGUGACCACCAGGACCGGAUACCUGGAGCAAAAGAUGGAGGAGGCCCACAGAGAGAAGGAGGAGCUGGUUCAGACCAUGAGCCUCCUGCAGAAUGAGAAGGUGCAGCUGGAGGAGGAGAAGGGGAGACUGCAUAAAGAGUGUGAGCAGGAGAAAGAGAAGUUUGCCCAACUCAGACAAGAGACCCAGGAGGUGCAGGUGUCGUGCCAGGCCCUGCAGGAGGAGAGAGAGGAGGUGAAAAGGAGGCUGGAGGAAGCCACAGCCAGGGUCCUGCAGUUGGAGGAUGACCUGAUAAGAGUCACCCAGAAGGGCCUGCAGAAAGAGACCGAGUUGGACAGCCUGAAGGACCGAGUGAAGAAGCUGACUCUGGAGAAGGACGGCCUGGAGUCACACCAGAAGGAUGAGAAGGAUGAGAAGGAGCUCUACAAGAUCCACCUGAAGAAGCGUGAGCUGGAGAACACGAAGCUGAGUGCAGAGCUGCAGAUGCUGAAGGCUGUGGAUGUAAACAAGGAGAACACCAUCGCUCAGUUCAAAGAGGAGGUGGGACGCCUCCGCUCCUUCCUCACUGAGAAGGAGAAACAACACCAGGAGGUCCUGGCCCAGUGUAGCCGUCUGGAGGUCCUGGUGAAACAGAUGAAGGAUGACGCCCUGCAGGAGGCGCAGGCUAAGUCUGAGGUGUGCAGGGUGGAGGAUGAGGCAGGGGCUGACCCAGCCACCGUGGCUGAGCUGCAGAGAGAGGUGGAGGAUGAGGCUGACCCAGCCACCGUGGCUGAGCUGCAGAGAGAGGUGGAGGAUGAGGCUGACCCAGCCACCGUGGCUGAGCUGCAGAGAGAGGUGGAGGACCUGAAGCUCCGGCUGCACAUGGCUGCAGAACACUACAAAGAGAAGUACAAGGAGUGUCAGAGGCUGCAGAGACAGGUGGUCAAGCUCUCUGAACAACCUGGGGAACUGAGGAAGAACCCAGCAGCUGAGACCAUGGCUGUCCCUCUGUCUGUCAGUCCAGACAUCUCUGUUCCAGGGAGUCCAGGUUCUGCUGACCCCAUGCUGGAGGCCAUCAUCCAGGAGAAACUCAAAGGUUUCAGCAGAGAGGCGUCUGACAGGAGCGACAAGUACAGGAAAUGCAAACAGAUGCUGAGUGAGGAGAAGGAGCGUAGCUGCAUGUUUGCUGAUGAGCUGGCCAAGAUGGAGGUGAAGCUGAGGGAGCAGCUGAAGACCAAUGGCAGCCUGAAGCUGCAGCUGGCAGCCGAGGAGGACCGCUACAAGAGUCAGGUGGCUGAGAAGGGGCGUGCACUGAAAGAACUGAAGGACACUCUGUCUGCUCUGAUGAAGGACAAGGAGAGACUUGAGGAGGAUCUCCAGACGAGUGCUGGUGCUGGUAGGAAGACGGAGGCUGUCGUGUCAGAGGAGAUGAGAAUUCAGUCUGUGUUCCUGCAGUAUCCCCUGCCCUACCCCCAGGAUGCCCCCACUCCACUGCUGGUCCCCCAGAGCCCCACACAGCUGCACUUUGGGAACCCCUACUCCACCUCAGACGCAAGAGACGGAGCGGACGGGGAGUUCUCUGAUGACCUGCUGCCCCGCCUUCCUCCUGUGGGCCCCCCCUCCUGGGAUAGUAACGUGGUCUGCAUCCAGCCAGCACGCAACCUCAGCCGGCCCGACGGCCUGGAGGACCCAGAGGAGCAGCAGAACAACAACAACGGCAAUGCCAAUGAACAGCCUGCUGCAACUACUGAACCCCACAGCCCAUUCUUAAAUGAUGGACAGACUCCCCUUGGCUUCGAGUCCAGUGCGAACGUCCACAUGCGCUGUCCACUGUGUGAGUUGAUCUUCCCGCCCAACUACGACCAGAGUAAGUUUGUGGAGCAUGUAGAGAGCCACUGGAAGGUGUGCCCCAUGUGCAGCGAGCAGUUCCCCCUCGACUGUGACCAGAAGGUCUUUGAGAACCACGUGCUCACCCACUUUGACUCCGCCAACGUGCUCAACUUUGACUAAAAACCUCAUCCUCGCUACAACCUUCAUUUUCUGUCAGUCGCCACUGAAAUGAAACUGCCUUGCUCUUUCCCCCUGCCACAUGUAACAGGUGUGACGAUCUCAUUCUGAUUCACUUUUAGGACCGGUGACGUUUUGAUGAGCGUCUUUUAUUAACUAGGGAAACGAUCUUCUUAUUCGGCAGUGUGAUUGGUGCUCUGAUUUGAUGUAUAACAGACCAGGGCUGCAUAUAUCUGUGUGAAUCAGUCUUUAAUAAUCGCUUCUUUAACAUGAAGUGUCCCAUUUUAUUUGUUAUUCCUCUGAUUGUAUUAGUGAGAUGUUAUGGCUGUGAUCAUCUCUGACCACGUGAUCAGUCCCAGACACUACUAGACUAUGUGAAGUCAGGGACUGACCACGUGAUCAGUCCCAGACACUACUAGACUAUGUGAAGUCAGGGACUGACCACGUGAUCAGUCCCAGACACUACUAGACUAUGUGAAGUCAGGGACUGACCACGUGAUCAGUCCCAGACACUACUAGACUAUGUGAAGUCAGGGACUGACCACGUGAUCAGUCCCAGACACUACUAGACUAUGUGAAGUCAGGGACUGACCACGUGAUCAGUCCCAGACACUACUAGACUAUAUGAAGUCAGGGACUGACCACGUGACCAGUCCCAGACACUACUAGACUAUGUGAAGUCAGGGACUGACCACGUGAUCAGUCCCAGACACUACUAGACUAUGUGAAGUCAGGGACUGACCACGUGAUCAGUCCCAGACACUACUAGACUAUGUGAAGUCAGGGACUGACCACGUGAUCAGUCCCAGACACUACUAGACUAUGUGAAGUCAGGGACUGACCACGUGAUCAGUCCCAGACACUACUAGACUAUAUGAAGUCAGGGACUGACCACGUGAUCAGUCCCAGACACUACUAGACUAUGUGAAGUCAGGGAAAGUAAGCUACAUCAAACAUGCAUUUCAACUGUUCCAACCCAAAUGCUUUCCCCCGAGCUUCAUAGUCAAAUUCAGGUAUUCAUGAUGUUUAGAAAGCAGCCACCUCGGUGCACUAUAUGCAGACAGACGGGACAAAUCAUUUGCUUCUAAACCUGAUUAUUAUAUUAUCUUUAAAUCUAUUGUAGAAUAAUCUUUUAAGAGCCGACGGCGUCGUAAUCUUUUUCAGUAUGUGUAUGUCUGGUUAGAAAGAGCUGUUAUAUUUUAGUGUCAGUUGAUUCUCAUGAUUUAGUCCAUUGGUUUGGUUGUCUGAAUAAAGUAGUCAUGUUUCACCUUUCGCUACUGAUUAACAUGCAUGCCAGGAUUCUGUUAUUUCACGAUUAUAGAAAACCUUUGAUUUCUUUGAGUCCCAUGUAAUGACAUCUUAACUAAUAAAGUCUGUUUGGAACAAUA